AUGAGCUCAUACGGUGAAAAGGAAAUGCGAAACGCAUUUGAUCGGUUUUCAUUAUGGCUUCUUGUACGCUAUGAGGCCACAGCGGAUACGAUGAAACUUAUGUGCUGUGAAUCGAUACAUCCAACACUACGCCACUACAUGCUCGGAGUGGUGUGUGAUCGAGUAUCCGGUGGGAAAGAGUACAUCCUGCUCGAGCACUACCUCACGAAAAGACAGUUUGAGCUGAUACCGCAUGAGACGCGUGAAUGUGCCCGAAACACACUUUGGAGCGUUCUACAUGUGCCUCCCAACACCCCGUUUACCCAUUACCUGCAUAUUGCUAACGAGUGCCCAGUAGUGGAUGCUGUUAAUCCGGGAAUUAAGCUGCUCAAAUCGGAUGACAUUCAUUUGAAUUGUCUCUCUUCGAUUCCGUCCGUCGUUCUUAGUGUGAUUAGUGUCACACGAAAUAUGGAAAAUGCGCUUGAUCGGAACGUGUACGAUAUACGCUUUUCUAACGGAAAAACAAUCAGAGAGGAGAUCCAACGAUCGGCAAACGGAGUAGACGAUAUAGCACCGAGUGAGCCAUACUAUUGCCUCGAUGCGCAACCCAUGAAUAGCAUAAAGCUAGUAGAGUUAUCAAACGAUCUUCAAAUGUCUCCAAAAGGAGGUGCGCCGUUAGGUUUAUUUCUUGUGCGCCAGGCUGAGCUGAAAGACGUUGAACGGUAUAUAAAACGAAAUUGUGUUGAUCGGCUCGAGGACGUCACGGCGGACACAUGGUUUCUGGUGAGUGAAACUAUUCCGUUCGACACACCUUUCGUACAUCACGCCACCAUCCAUGAGGUCGCACAUCAGCAGGAUUAUGGCAUUUUACUCUGGCAGCGUAGCAGAGGAGCGCCGACUUCAAUUGGGAAGUAUUUUUGCAACAUUUUCUGGGACGAGUACGAGUCGAUGCCACCAACGCCCAGUUGGCUGAAUGUGUUGGUAUCGAACGAAACCGAUGGUAGUACCACCUACGUGCGGAAGCUCGCGUCCGGAACGAGAAAAAUCGAUCCCUUCCGAAUGGUGCGAGUUUUACAAGGCAUCGAGUUGAUGAAAGUUCUGCAACAGCAAGACUUAAGUUCCAUAAUGGACAAGCUUUGCGCCAUAUUUGGAGCAUGUUCCGACUCGGAACGGUUUGCAAUAGCCCGAGGGCGUAUGCUGCUGAUAGUGGACCACGCCAUGGAGGACAACGGAAUGGGUGUUUCGGCGCAAGAAUUGGUGGCAUUUUUUAACACAAUUGGAUCGUUUUCCGCCCGUUUAACUGUGUGGAUUGUCGGUAAUAAUCGCCUUUGGACGCACCUUGCGACCAACUGUAACCAAGUGCCUAUCAAGUAUGCCAUGCGCCAACUAGACGAAAAAGAACGCAAAGAAUAUUUAUCGCUGUUACUAGAUGAACGAGCAUCGGAGGAUAUUGAAACGAUCGUUAAAAAAAUUGAAGAGAACAACGAAAAGGAAACAAAUCCCAGUGUAAUUGGAAACGUAUUCUUUCUUGCGGCACUGGGCGAUAUUAUUAAUGGAAGGAAGGAACGUGUUGGACAGUCUUACUGGUGGAUCGACGUGAUGGAGCAGUACGUGUGGGAAAAUGGGGCCCCCGAAGGGAGUCCCGAGAUGGAAACACUUGAGAAAGAAUGUUACAACCACUUCGUUUCUCGACCGGAAACGUUUGUGCCUAUUUCUGGCGGCGGAGACAAGCUGAAACAUCGCACCCUGAUAAAAUUACUUGCGGCACAACAUCUUGUUAAAAAUCCUCACAUGAUCGAUGUCGAAAAGUAUCGUCUUUUCGGGCGUGUGUUGCUCGAUCUACUUCUGUUCCGCCACAGUCCGAUUGCAGUUGCAGUAUUGCAUAAAGAUAUCGAUACUGUCAAAAUGAUCCAAACCCAUUCUCCCGACGCUUUGCUUACGACGAAAGAUUCUCUGGAACGCAACCUUCUACAUAUUGUACACGAAUGCCCGGAUAUCGAGCAAUUGCUUCUUUCGGCCGGGGUGGACAUAGAGCAGCGUUGCCCUCAGCUGAACAACUGGACGCCACUCCAGAUGGCAGACGAUCGUGGCGAUUGGCCCCUGCUCGAUAAGCUUCUAGCCAACGGUGCUACGAUUCCCGCGGACGGUUUACGGUUGCACAAGAUGCCGCUCCACGAACUUAAGAUCGUUUUUUCCGACUGCAUCGGCUACGGGUGUUCGUCCUUGAUCGAGUGGAUUUGCAAGCAUCGCCAGGACUAUCAAAUCAGCCAGGAGGAUGUGUACUGCCUGGUGGUCUACGAGGAGUUUCCGCAGGAACAGCUAUUUCGUUUGCUAAUGCUCGCCGUAAAUCAACGCCUGCCGGAGCGGGAACCAGAACCGUACCAGUUUAUUUGGUACAAUACGGCACUUGAUAAUGCCGUAGAGGAUAACCGGUACGAGGUGGCCGCUUUUCUCGUGGAGCAGCUUCACUUCACACCAACAGAGGCUUUCUGCGAUUUGCGCCAACGUUACCUAGAGAGCAAAAGUAACGAUUAUGUUUCGCUGUACAAACUGUGCUCCAAGGGAAAUUUGACCGAGGUUAUCCGAAUGAUAGAAGAAAAGGAGCUCGACCCUCAACACGACUGCAAUGGGACAAAUUUGUUCAUUGAAGCGGCAGGAAGUGGUAAUCUGGAGUUGGUUCGCCACCUCUUCGAGCAGUGCCAGUUUAAGGAUCGUCUAAACGAAACAGAUGACCACGGGGACACUGCCAUGUCGAAAGCGAUGCUACGGGGUGACGAUGCUGUAGUGCGCUUCCUGUUCGAAUGUGGCGCACCCUUGGAACCUUCGAUGGCCAAGACCUACCCUGGAGAGCUUCCCGAGCAGGGGAUCGUAAUCAACACGGAAGACUUUCAUUCGUUAAUCGGUCUGAAAAAGGACAGGUUGGAGAAACUUGAUAUCGAUUACGGGCGUGUCGAAGACGGUGAGCUAUUGCUUCACUACUACCUCCGCUACAUAGAUGAACCGGAUGAGUGUACCUUCCGCUAUUUGCUCGCACAAUACGAAGACGUAGAUGUCCGCACAUCCGCCGAUGCUAACGGUGAAACUCCUCUCCAUUUCGCAUUACGCAGCGGUAAUGAACGCUGCGUGGAAAUACUCCUUGAGGCCGGUGCCGAUGUACACGCAAAAUCGCUCGGCGACGGCGCUUCCUCAUUGCAUUUCGCCAUUUACGGAGGCAUAGGUAAACCCAUGCUUACGCGUCUCAUUGAAGUGUACGGUAUCGAUGUUAAUACGCGCAACAACAAAGGUCGCUCCAUCGCAUUCUACAUGCCGAUAAACCGGAGAUUGUGCUACUGGCUAGUCGAUCACUACGGGCUCGAUUUGAACGUGCGCGACAAUUCCGGACAAACCAUACUACAUCAUCAGGUGAAGAAGAAAAGUUUCUUCGGUCGGUCUGUGAUUGAAUUUUUGCUGACGGUGCUCGGGAUACCACAAAUUAGCACCGACAAUCGUGGCCGACUAGCUCUGCACUACGCCGUGGAAGAUGGGAAUUUACGAAUUGUACGAUUGCUGUUAAAAUAUCGCUCGGAUCUACUCGAUAUACCGGAUGGCGAUGGAUUGACGGCAAUACAGCUUGCCCACAACGGAGCGAACCAUUCGGCGAUCAAAGAAUUGUUUGACAGUAUUACUACAAACUGAGCCCAAACGCACCUGAUUGAAAUAUAUUGUUGUUAUA